UGCGCCACCGGAAGGGGUGGAAGCGCUGUAAGAUGGCGGCGCCCUGCGUGGAAGCGGCGGGGCCGGGUGCUUUCGGGGCCUGGCUGGCGGCCCGGCUCGAGGCGCUGGGGUUGGACCGCGCGGUGUACGGGGCGUAUAUUGCGGGGCUGCUGCGGGAGGAGGAGAGCGAGGAGGAGCGGCUGGAGGCGUUGCGCGGGGUGCUGGCGGCCUGCCUGGAAGAAGAUCUCUUAAACGAUGUUUGCAGGGAAGUAGUCCAGAAGUGGUCUGAAUCUCAGAUUGUUGACGCCAAAGAGAAAAAAGAAGAUGAGGUCCAGGCGAUCACCAGCAUGAUGGAGAAGCAGGCCAGGAUCAUCGUGAAGCCGAAGGAGAUCUCGCAGGAGGAGAAGCAGAGGAAGGCAGCCCUCCUGGCCCAGUAUGCCAACGUGACAGAUGAAGAGGAUGGCGACGACGAACAGGACAGCUCCACUGCAACAGCCUUAAACAUUGGAUCAGAAAAAUCCCUGUUCCGAAACACCAACGUGGAGGAUGUCCUGAAUGCCAGAAAGCUGGAGCGGGAGCUGCUGCGAGAUGAGUUCCAGAAGAAGAAGGAGCAAGACAAACUGCAGCGAGAGAAGGACAAGUUAGCCAAGCAGGAGCGGAAGGAGAAGGAGAAGAAAAGGACACAAAAAGGAGAGCGGAAGCGAUAGCUGGGGUUUGCUAGUUGGACUUUAAGGGGAUACAAUCAGUUAUGAAUAUGGUGUGUGUUUAAAAAGCAGCAGAAAUUCUGGGCACGUGGCUGGUGACCGGUUCUUCGGAAACUUUUCCUUUAUUUUACGUAGCAAAAAAGAAAUUUCAAGCACCUCUUAAACUCAAGUUUUGCCAUGUGCUUGUGGUGUCAAAUGUCCCAGUCAUUCUUGUGGCCAGUGUUGUACCAAAGAACAGUGAAGUUACGAUAUUUGUGUUUCAAAUUGAUCAGUUUUACUUCUAACUAGUUAAAGCAAGAUGUAGGAGAGGGCUUCUGAAUGGGCUGCAUCUAUGGACUGCAGCAACAGCAUGUUAUGACUUGAGAACAGAGCAAAGCCUCUCUCUGACAUGCAGUUAAGGACUUGCUGCUAUGGGGUGAAUGUGAAUUUACACUAGCCUUGAAAAAUGUAUUUGCAGAUACGUUUAUUUGUGCUGCCAAGAACAAUGCUACAUUCUGCUACAAUCUUCAUUCUGGCUGAAAGAGCAGGGUUUGGCUCUGCCCUCAGCAAGGGCAAGUGCUGUUCUGCAGCAAGAGAAAGGAAAUCAUAUGAAAUAUAUAUGAGUUACAGCUAUGAGACCACUUCACCCACAGUCUUGGUAAGGGAAAAGCACAGUGAUUGGAGUGUCAGCUAGAGCAGCAGCAAAUCGUUCAGGCCCUUGUGCUGUUCUGAAACUUAAUGCUGGUGGCUGGAAAAUGGUGCUCCGUGAUGUUCUGUGUGGGUGAACAUCCACUGUUAUUUCUACAGCAGCUGUCAGAGAAAAUGCUUUAAUGCAGGCUGUGACUGGUUUGGAUGCUCUGGCUUUAUGAGCAGUCGCUCCAUCUGGCCCAGCCCUACUCAGGAGCUGUGAGGAGGGGGUGAAGGCUUCUCUCACCCCACAAGGGCUCUUUAGCUGCCGUUUUCAGCCUUCUUCGUGGCAGCAUCACCUAAACUCCCCUCUGUGUGUGGAGGAAGGACCUGUGGUGCUUCCAGGGGCACAGGGGAACCAGUGCACCUCAUCCCUGUGCUGCUUCAUGUUCUGGCCACUGCGUUCACAUGCAAGGCUGGCUUUUGGCAGGAGGCAGCUCCUGGCCUGGUGGUAGCUGCCCCUGUUGCCUACUUUCAGCACCAGUCUGAUUUAGGGGUAACGCAUCCUAUUAUUUAACUAUUUUUGCAAGUGUGAGUAUCUGCUUUAUCUCUGGACUUAUAAAUAAAGAUGGCUGGCCAAGAA